AUGACCACAGCCGGUCAGUCUGAUGCAUUUACACGAGUAUCAUUACAUAGUGUAACCGCGCUCGGUAAGUGCCCUGCGCCAUUUAGUGACCCAAUCGCCGUGAAGGUCGUGCUCGAGGUAUUUGGCUGCCCACCAAAGCACUCGAUAGAUGUAAAAUUCACGUGGAAGCCAAUAUGGGACUUUCCAGUGGAUCAAGUGCUUGAUGAAUUUGAGGUUGGCCCACUCGCCACUGUUGGAAAGCACGAAUUAGUGUUACACAGUGAUCCUCCGGAUGUUGCGAAAAUACCGGAUCCCACAGGGCCCACGGCACUCACAAUCGCUUUUACCUAUAGGGGAAAACAAUUCCUGCACAUUGGUUACAACGCGGUUGUACUUUGUGAAGGAGAAAUGCCUGAUGUGUUUGAGGAUGCGGCGAUGUUGAGCCGACAGCUGACGCAAUGCUUCAAAAAGGAGACCACCAUCGCGUGGGAUGAGGACCACGAAGAUGUGGAGGAGAAAACAGUUAUUAACGGUAAAGAUAAUGAUAUUAGCGAUGUUAAGGAAAAAGAUCACAAUGGCCACGCGGCAUAUGAUGACGAAGCCAAGGUACCCGAAGGGGUUUCCCCAACGAAAAAAAAAGCUAGGUGUGAAGGGAGCCUGUCACAAGAAGGAGAGAAAGAAAAGCACCACCGUUAA